GUGACAUACGUAGAUGACCUGAGGUAUCGUGGCCUAUCGCUAACCUUUUAACAUCUGAUCCAAAUAAUCUGAUAAUUCAGGCUUGACAAACCCAAGCCUCUCAACUCAAUUGCGUGUUGAAACGCGAACCUCGCUCACCACUUAUUAUUAUGACUUAAUAUUAUGCGAGAAAUUGUUUCAUAAACCCUCAAAUCCAAAUUCUUACGUCGCUCAUUUUCUAUCUAUAAUCAUUACACAUAUUACGACAUCAUGUCGUUCACUUCUAAGGAUACGAAACUCUAUCGAGAGGACGAGAGGGCCGGGCAUACGAAGCUCGGUGCAGAAGAGCGAGAAAAGCUCGUGAAGAAUUAUCUACCCUCUCCUCCCAAUCGAUCGCCAAGUCGGAGUCGCAAAAGGAAGCGGGAGACGUCCCACUUUGGUGUUAGGAAAUUCCUCAAGUCACAGCUCCAUUCAUUGCUAUACAUAAUUGUACACGCAAUCUUCUCCGUUUAUAUCCGAAUUCGCACAGCCUACCAUGCCGUUACCCUCCGAAUCCUUUCCAUACUUAGACACCAUCAUAACACUCCAGACUACGUCCGAAGAGAUGUUAGCGUAUAUAGAAGGUUGCCCAAACACGUUAGUAUAAUCUUGACAUUGGAAGAUGGUGGGAGAGCCGGGGAUGCCUUGGAAAAGCUCGUCAACGAAGCUUCCGAGGUAGCAGCAUGGUGUGCCUCGGCAGGUAUUCCUCGAUUAUCCGUAUACGAGAGAACAGGGAUACUUAAACGCUAUAUGCCUCAAACACAUCGUGCCUUAGCACACAAGCUGAAGGGCUGGUUUGGAAAGCACCAAGCUCCGCCGCUCUCCCUCAUUACUCGUGGUGCCUCACCUAUUUAUUCUGUAAAUCGAGUGUCCUAUUCACAAGACCAGGUUCCAUUAGAGGUCAUACUCGUCUCUGAAGACGACGGCCGGGAGGCUAUGGUAGAUCUUACCAAGGUUCUAGUCCAGAUGGUCCAGCAAGAGAAGAUAUUGGCCAGCGACAUUACAUUAGAUGUUCUCGACCACGAGUUAUCCGAAGCCGUUAUGCCGGAACCGGACCUACUCAUCUCAUUUGAGCCUUAUGUCGAUCUGCAAGGAUAUCCGCCUUGGCCAAUCCGGCUGACCGAGAUUUACUGCGCGCCUGAUAACCAAGGCGUAUCAUAUCAAGUAUUCCUCCAAGGUUUACAGAAGUAUACGGAAGCAACCUUCAAACUUGGAAAAUAGGACUGGCAGGUUUGCCUAGAUCGCAGCGCAGAGCGAAGCUGGAUCAGGUUCACGAUUUAGACAACGCCAACUCCUAGUUGGCAGCACUCCCAUUAAUAGACGCCACAUAACAAUGGCAUUCUGUCGCCAUUCUCCACACAACCCGUGUAAACCUGAUAUUGGACCAUUGGUACGCCACCGAACCUCGCCCAGUCAGAGCUAGCCGUUCAAGCCGUCACAGACUGGGCGUGCUAGGAGAAAUGGGUUCUUUGGUCGAUAUGUUAGGAAUUUUAUAGACGUUGGAUUGGCAACUGAGCUGGUGCACUCGGGACAAGAGCAUUACAUUGCCGUUACGGCAUUGGCCAACAUGAGGGUUCUUGUUAGAUUAAUAGAGGGU